GUGACAGUCACGCGCUGAUUUUUUUCUACUAAUCAUAAAGACAUUGGCACCCUUUACCUGGUAUUUGGUGCAUGAGCUGGCAUGGUUGGCACUGCUCUAAGCCUUCUUAUUCGGGCCGAGCUUAACCAACCCGGCGCUCUCCUUGGUGAUGACCAAAUUUAUAAUGUUAUUGUUACAGCACAUGCAUUUGUAAUAAUCUUUUUUAUAGUAAUACCAAUUAUGAUCGGAGGCUUUGGUAAUUGACUGGUGCCUAUAAUGAUUGGUGCCCCUGACAUAGCUUUCCCUCGUAUGAAUAAUAUAAGCUUCUGACUUCUACCGCCCUCAUUCCUGCUACUUCUAGCCUCAUCAGGUGUCGAAGCUGGAGCCGGAACAGGUUGAACCGUAUAUCCCCCCCUAUCAAGCAACCUAGCACAUGCUGGAGCCUCUGUAGAUUUAACCAUUUUUUCUCUUCAUCUAGCAGGUAUUUCAUCCAUUCUGGGGGCUAUUAAUUUUAUCACAACUAUUACAAAUAUGAAACCCCCAGCCUUAACCCAGUAUCAGACACCCUUAUUCGUCUGAGCCGUUUUAAUUACAGCUGUACUGCUCCUUCUAUCCCUGCCAGUACUAGCUGCAGGUAUUACAAUACUUCUUACUGAUCGAAACCUAAACACCACAUUUUUUGAUCCGGCAGGCGGAGGGGACCCCAUUCUUUACCAACACUUGUUCUGAUUCUUUGGCCACCCCGAAGUAUAUAUUCUUAUUCUUCCAGGUUUUGGCAUAAUCUCCCACAUCGUGGCUUACUACGCAGGAAAAAAAGAGCCUUUCGGCUAUAUAGGCAUAGUUUGGGCUAUAAUAGCAAUCGGACUACUGGGGUUUAUUGUAUGAGCCCACCAUAUGUUUACUGUCGGAAUAGACGUAGACACACGAGCUUACUUUACAUCUGCAACAAUGAUUAUUGCCAUCCCAACAGGCGUUAAAGUCUUUAGUUGAUUAGCAACUCUGCAUGGAGGGGCUAUUAAAUGAGAAACCCCCUUACUAUGGGCUCUUGGUUUUAUUUUCCUUUUUACAGUAGGAGGCCUAACAGGUAUUGUUCUCGCCAACUCCUCCCUAGAUAUUGUCCUGCACGACACAUAUUACGUCGUCGCACACUUCCACUAUGUUUUAUCUAUAGGCGCCGUCUUUGCCAUCAUAGGAGGCUUUGUCCACUGAUUCCCGCUAUUCUCGGGCUAUACACUUCAUGAUCUAUGAACAAAAAUCCAUUUUGGAGUCAUGUUUGUCGGUGUAAACUUAACAUUUUUCCCCCAGCAUUUCUUAGGUCUAGCAGGAAUACCUCGACGAUACUCAGACUACCCCGAUGCCUAUACGCUCUGAAACACAAUUUCAUCCAUUGGCUCUCUAGUAUCACUAGUUGCUGUAAUUAUAUUCCUAUUUAUUAUCUGAGAAGCAUUCGCAGCAAAACGAGAAGUCCAAUCAGUUGAAUUAACAUCAACAAAUGUUGAAUGAUUAUAUGGCUGCCCCCCUCCUUACCACACCUUCGAAGAGCCAGCUUUUGUACAAGUACAAUAA